GCCACUCUAUGUCUCCAAUAAAAAUUGUUUUUUAAGAUUUAAGAACUGAUAUUACCAUCAACCAAAUUGAUCAAACCAUCGUUUUUCCUCUACCCAUUUCUAAUGGUUCGCAAACGUUACCAAGAAGCCAAAACAGGCUUUGAGUAUAUAAAAUCGAUGAAUUACGACAAGUACUUGAGGAAAGUCGGAUUGGGAAGAGAAGACUGGCAUUUCUGGAAGCAAGUAGGCAAGGCUUUGGUCUGUACCUACACGCUUUUCGGCGCGGCUUGGGUCUACAAUGAGACAUCACCACUUGGCUGGUGGACAUUGAAGCCAAUGCCAAAGGAGGAGAGGGAGUUGGCCCACUUGUAUGAGAGGAAGGAGUAUCCGUACCCGGGGGAUGCGGAAGCCAUGGAAGAGUUUGUUGCUCAAGGAGGAAUGAUUGGUACUGCAAUUGGGCCGAAAGGGAACCUUGAAAAUGAUAAGGAUUCUUUUAAUUAUCAGAAGGAAUUGCAGAAGGAAAAGUUCGAACAAGAAUCGCAGAAAUUGUGGAUUCGAAUGAGGAAUGAGGUUAUUCAAGAACUUCAAGAGAAAGGGUACGAUGUUGAGUGAUUAGUGUUGGAUGCUAUGCUCCUUAGUUUGUGGGUUUUUCAAUUUGAAUGCUUGAAAAGAUAUUGUAUUUGAUAUAAUUACAUGUUUGAGGAUGAGACUCUUUAUAGUAUAAUCCUGUCUAGUAUGACUUUGUUUUAUGAUGUAUCAUAUGGAAUAAGGGAGACGAAUUUGUGUCA